AUGAACUCUUCACAAAGCUCAUUUACAGAUCUAAAUGAUUGGGCUUUAAUUUAUUAGAAUCUCUAACAAAUCAAACCAGAAUAAUUAUCUUCAAAACUCAAUUUACAUUUCAAAAAUCUACCCGACUUUAAUGACUUUAUUAAACUUUAUGAGUCUUCUAAAAUAGACACAGGAGAUCUUUGGAAUCUAAAUGAGGAACAUUUAUUACAGUUAAUAGUUCUGAGUCUCAACCCAAAAUGUAUGAAGGUAUUACAAAUUAUAAAUUUAGAAUCGAUUCAAUUGGGAGAGAGUGCAAAAGCUUAUGCCUAAAUUUCGGAGUCUGCCUGAAUUGUACUUUAAAUUCUAAUCUUUCUAUAAACCACUUUUUCCAAGAUAACCAUGGUCAACCUUCGAAGAAAGGACGUUGUUAUAGAUUAUUAUGUAUAUAAAUCUCAUUCAUAAUAGAAACAAUUCUAGUCGCCGCAAAAUGAAAUGGAGUACUAUCGCAUAUUAAUACAAUCGCACCUGCAAGUCUUAGGUAUUACGAAAUGCAAAAUAAUGUCGAGAACGAUGGAAUAAUAAGUUGGAUCCACAAAUUAAUAGGUAAUCAUAUUAAUAAAACAUUACAGAGAACCAUGGUCGAAGUCUGAAGAGUUAAACUUUCUAUAAUUGCUCCUUCAGAAUGGACGUAAAUGGACUGACAUAUCAAUGAAAUUGUCUAUGAUCACUAAUUAAAGAAGAAGAACCGAAUUUGCUUUGAAACAUAAAUUCAAACAACUUAGGAAAUACUAUGGUAGAUAAUUUAGUAUAUUUUUAAGGAUAGAGAGCCAAAAGGAAAUGUGAUUUAAAAGUAAGUCCACAUUGGAAUAUUUUGGAGGCUGACAUGAUUUUGUAUAAAAUAGAGUCACUUGAAGAGAUUACUAAAAAGGGUCAGACUCAAAAAUAUUCUUUUUGUGAAUUUUGGAGUUUUGAUCAAGAGUUGGGCUUAGUCUUCAUUAAAAAUGGUAGUCUGAUAUAAUUGUGA